GUUCGAUAAAAAAACAAAUUUAGUAUUUCAAAUUAGGAAUCUAGCAGCAUGUUUUAAGAAUCUGUAGUACACACACCAAUACCAUCAUUCUGUCCGUUCCCGAUCGACUCUGAUAUGAGAACGGAUACAGUGUGGACCCCACAAUCCACAUCAACAAUUCACUGCAUAUAAAUAACAUCCUUAAUCACUCACUCACCGUUCCAAAACAACGUUCCUCUCUGGUCUGGUCCCUCACGCUCUCUUCUUUUGAGAACACACUUAACAAAACAAAAGAGAGAGAGAAAAGCAAAAACACUACAGCGAGAAAAAGUACUUUGGAGAGUGUCACAGUAUACACACACUUGCGAACAUACUUAGAGUUUGAGGUUUUCUAACUCUUCCUUAAUUUUCUCAUAUUUUGUUUCUCUCUUACCUAUUUCAUAGUAAGUUCUUUUCAAUUUUCAUUCUAAUAUCACACCAAAAAAAAAAACUCUUUUUUUAUAAGCCCAAUUUUCUCUGCCGUUUGCACUUUUUCUUCUAUUCGGGCUUCAUUCUACAAAAGGGUUUCUUUCCUUUCUUAGUAUUACCUCAGAUUCUUCUCAAAGUUUCAACCUUUGUCUUGUUCUGUUCUGCCCUUCAGUUUCUAAGUUUUGAACUUCACUUCUUAGAAUUACAUCAGAUUCUGUAUAGUUCUUGGUCGUGGCUUCAAAGGUGGAAGCUUUUUCCUUUUUGAGAAAAUGGGGUUUUUGAAUUUGGAGUUGCAUGUGCAAAUCUUUGUCACUACUAUGAUGGUGAUUCUACUGGGAACUUUCUGUGUUGCAGACACUGACCCUGUUGAUGUUGCUGCAAUCAAUAGUCUAUAUGUUGCUAUGCACUCACCACCUCUUCAAGGGUGGAAGCCUGUGGGAGGGGAUCCAUGUUUCGACCAUUGGCAAGGUGUGGAUUGUGUCUUCUCCAACAUAACUGCGAUACGACUAGCAGGCUUGAAUUUGGGUGGAGAGCUUGGCAGUAAUUUGGAUUUCCCGUCCAUUAUAGACAUUGAUCUUAGCAACAACCACAUUGGAGGUGCCAUUCCAUUCACUUUACCGCCUACUUUGAGGACCUUGUCUCUGUCAGGAAAUCGGUUAAAUGGAAGCAUUCCAGAUGCGUUAUCCUUAUUAACUCAAUUGUCAAACUUGGAUUUGGCCAAUAACAACUUGACCGGUCAGCUGCCUUCUUCAAUGGGGAGUUUAUCAUCUCUUACAACAUUACUGUUGCAGAACAAUCGACUUGUAGGGACCCUUUUUGUUUUGCAGGACCUUCCUCUUCAGGAUUUGGAUAUAGAGAAUAAUUUAUUCUCUGGCCCAAUUCCUCCAAAUUUGUUGAGCAUCGCUAAUUUCAGAAAAGAUGGGAAUCCAUUUAAUACUACUAUUAUUCCAUCUCCGCCUGUUGCUGCAGCCCCUUUGCCUCUACCUAUCGGGCGAUCCCCUGAAGAAUCACCUUGGCAUGUGGCAUAUAGUCCUUCUGACUUCACAGCACCGAUGCCCGGAAAUGUUAAGAAGUCUUUCCUAGCUAAGCAUGCCAUUUGGAUUGCCAGUGCCGGUGUAUUAAUAUUUAUCGUUCUGGGAAUUUGUAUUUUUAUGGUGUGUUGCUGUAAGAAAGAGUCAAAAAAUAAAAAUUCUCAGAACCUUGAUGUGGAGGGUUUUCCACAAACUUUGCAUAAACCUACUCGCAACAACACUGUUUAUGAAGCAACUAAUCAAGAUGGAAAAGCUGAGAAAGCACCGCGUGUAAAUGAAGUUCCAAAUAGAAGAACAAAUUUGAUUCCAAAGGCUCAGGAUGAACAAGAAGUAUAUGUCAACAGACUCAACACAAUAUCUUCAACAUCAGAAUACAAUAAUGGUUCACAUCAUCCACUCCUGCAGCCGCCACCACAUUCUUUGCCAAUCAUUCCUGGUGAGAAAGUCAUCGUCAAUCCAAUUGCAACUACAACAACCGAAAGACAAGCUAUGACUAGUUCAGUCAAAAUGUAUACUGUUGCAUCACUUCAGCAAUAUACAAAUAGCUUUUCCCAAGAAAAUCUUAUUGGUGAAGGCACUCUUGGAUCUGUGUAUAGAGCGGAGCUCCCUGAUGGAAAGCUGCUGGCAGUGAAGAAACUGGAUGCUACCACUUUCAAGGACCAGAAUGAUGAACAGUUUCUUCAAUUGGUAUCCAGCAUCUCAAAAAUUCAGCAUGCCAAUAUCGCAAAGCUUGUGGGCUACUGUGCUGAGUAUAACCAACGAUUGCUUAUAUACGAGUAUUGUAAUAAUGGAACCCUAUAUGAAGCACUUCAUGGUGAUGACGAACAUUGUAUUAAAUUUCCAUGGAAUGCACGCAUUAAGGUCGCACUUGGAGCUGCAAGGGCUUUAGAGUAUCUGCAUGAAAACUUUCGGCCGCCUAUUGUUCACCGAAAUUUUAGAUCUGCUAAUGUUCUCCUGAAUGAAAAGUCGGAAGUGCGUGUCUCUGAUUGUGGAUUAGGUCACUUGCUAUCUUCUGGCACUGUUGGUCAGUUAUCUGGACACCUCCUUACAGCUCAUGGUUACAGUGCUCCAGAAUUUGAGUUGGGAAGUUAUACACAGCAAAGUGAUGUCUUCAGUUUCGGAGUCGUAAUGCUAGAACUCCUCACUGGAAGAAAAUCCUAUGACAGGUCACGGCCUCGUGGAGAGCAAUUUUUGGUCAGAUGGGCAAUUCCUCAACUUCAUGAUAUUGAUGCAUUGUCAAAAAUGGUUGAUCCUCGCUUAAAUGGAUCAUAUUCUAUGAAGUCGUUGUCACGCUUUGCAGAUAUUGUUUCUUCAUGUAUUCAGCGUGAACCCGAAUUCCGGCCAGCUAUGUCUGAAAUAGUUCAAGAUCUCUUGCUAACAAUGUAGAAGGACGCGAACAAUGAACUCCGUCCCUUAGCCUAGCUUUGGUUCUCAUAUUUUCAAGCCUUUACCACCUAUCUAUUCUUCAUCGACAUGACGUGAGAUCUUGAUUAUAUUUUUUUUUAGUUACCUAUGCAAAAUUUCUGCUUACUGAUGUAAUUAUUAGUAGGAAUGAUUCCAGGUAUUUUUAUGCAUCAUUGUUCAUUAUUGAUGCUAGUAAGUCAAAGAUGGCAUGCCUUAGAUCAUAAUGAUUAUUGAGUAUGUCAAUUCAUCAUUUUCUCAAUUGAUUUAGAGUUUAGGCACAUGAUUUUGGGCUGAGUUGUUUAUUGUUGGGUAGCAAUUAGAUAUCAACAACAAUGUGUCACCCUUUAUAAGAUUUUUGGUCUUUCUUUUUUACAUUUUACAGCUAUUUGUUUGGUGCUAAAUAUUUUUUUUGCUGUUUUUAGGUUUUGUUAAUGAUAUAUUAUAUUGGUUGUUUGGGUAUAGAA